AUGUCGAUAGCAUUUUUAAGUUUUUUUAGAAAGAAGGAUUGUGCAAAAAACUUAUUUCACAUAUAUUCAGAAAAACAUGCUUAUGAAGAAUUAGAUGAUAAAAAUGAAAAAACAAAUGUGUUUUUAAAUAAAAAAAAACAAAUUUUAAAAUUACAUAAGAUUAUAAAAUUAACAAAAACAGUAAAAAUUUUUAUUUUUUCUUAUCCUAAUGAAUAUGAAUAUUUAGGUUUAGGUAUAUGUAAACAUAUAAAAUUUAGUGGGUUAAAUAAAGAAGGUAAAAUAAAAGGGAAAUGGAAUAAUAAUGAUGAUAAAGAAAAAGAUUUGAAGCAAAUAUUUAGAAGUUAUACACCUAUAUAUAUAGAUAAAAAAAAUAAGCAUGUUCAUUUUGUUAUUCGAAUAUAUUAUCCAGAUGAUAAUUAUGUAGAUGGUGGAAAAAUGAGUAUGCAAUUAAACAAUUUAAAAUAUAAUGACAAAUUAGAAAUAACAGGUCCUUUUGGUUUAUUAGAAUAUAAAGGAAAUAAUGAAUUUGUACAUUUAUCAAAAACUAUAAAAAAUAAAAAACAUAUAAUUAUGAUUGCUGGUGGUACCGGUAUGACACCUUUUUUUCGAUUAAUUAAUCAUCUACUUUUAACAGAAAAUAAAGAACAUAGCAAUAUAAUUUAUAUGACAUUUAUUUAUGCAAAUAGAAAUGAAGAAGAAAUUUUACUAAAGUCAAUCUUUGAUGAAUAUGAAAGAAAAUAUGAAAACAUUAAAAUAGUUUAUAGUAUAGACAAAUGCUUAGAUGAAACAAAAAAAAAUACAUUUGAACACAUUGGAUUUAUAAAUGAAGAAUUAUUAAAAAAAUAUGUUUUAAAGUAUCAGAAGUUAGAUAUAAAAAUUGAAAAUGAAGACACACUAAUUCUAUUAUGUGGUCCUCCACCUAUGACUACUUUUCUUCAAAAAAUGCUAAAAGAUCUAAAUCAAUUAGAAAAUAUUAUAACUCUUUAA